UGUGUUGUAGCAGUUGUUUAACGAAUAACCAAAUUAAAUUUGUCUAUUUUAGUCAUGAAUACAAUAAAAUUUUAUCGAUAGUACUAAAAUUGAAACACGAACAGUAAGCGUCACGCGUUUAUUUAAUACUAAUAAAUCGAUGAUUAAAAAUCAAAAGUGUAAAUCCGUUUGUACAGCGUCUUUAAAUAUUUUCAUAGUAGCUAGGGAUGUCUCAAUAAUUGAACAAAAUUCGGUGGAUGACGUCCAUGUGACGCAGAUGAUGUGACGCAGUCUGUCACACCGGACAGUGCGGCGAAUGGUUGGAGACGGCGCGCGCGUUUGUCAGUCAGUGUCCGCCUUGGACGCCAGCACCUGCGCUUGCACAUACAUCAACAAAUACGCGAAAGUCGCGCUAGUCUUUAUUAGUAUUCAAGCUGUGUGCUAAAUAGCCAAGCUCAUUUGGAAAGGUCCGGCGGUCCUUUCUUCGUUUGUUACGUGUCAGUUCUGUUUAACCCAUAUAUUGUCACCAAGUAAUUGGUGGUAACUUACGAAGAUGGCGACCGUCUCAAGUUGGUAUAGUGAUUUAAUGGACAGCAGGGGCGAUCCUCGGGUGAAAGACUGGCCGAUGAUGUCAUCGCCGUGGCCAACCCUAGCCGCGUGCGUGUGCUACGCAUACUGCGCGAAGGAGCUUGGCCCCAAACUUAUGGCCAAUCGAAAACCAUUCGAACUUCGAAAUAUUCUCGUCGUUUACAACAUGGCUCAGACUAUCUUCAGCGCCUGGAUAUUCUACGAGUAUUUGAUGAGCGGAUGGUGGGGCCACUAUGACUUUAGGUGUCAACUGGUAGAUUACUCUCGGAGUCCAAUGGCCAUGAGGAUGGCGAACACGUGUUGGUGGUACUACUUCAGCAAGUUCACAGAAUUUAUGGACACGCUUUUCUUUGUGCUACGGAAGAAGAACGAGCACGUGUCCACGUUGCAUGUGAUACAUCACGGGAUCAUGCCGAUGUCUGUUUGGUUCGGACUUAAAUUCGCGCCGGGUGGUCACAGCACUUUCUUCGCUCUGCUCAACACGUUCGUUCACAUCGUAAUGUACUUUUACUACAUGGUGGCUGCCAUGGGUCCUAAGUAUCAGAAGUAUAUCUGGUGGAAGAAAUACCUCACAGCCUUCCAGAUGGUUCAGUUCGUAUUGAUCUUUAGUCAUCAACUCCAAGUCCUCUUCAGGCCGUCGUGUCAAUACCCUCGUGUCUUCGUCUACUGGAUCGCGAUGCACGGCUUCUUAUUCUUGUUCCUCUUCAGCGAUUUCUACAAAGCGAGGUACACAACCGCCGAGAGGAAAUCGAAGGCUCAGAACGGACUUUGUAUGGCGGUGAUGGACGACAGCUCGAGUUCGCUGAACGGCAGGAACGGCUACAAGCAGGAGAUGGGGUCGGAGGUGCCCAGUUCGUACGCCUCGUCCGGGGCGGACGCGUUCGUGCGUCGGAGACCGCUCUCAUAGUGCACGCCGCGAGUGUGCGACGCACAUCCUUUCUCGACGUGAACAAACUUAAAUAUCUCACACAGAUUAUCUUUUGAUGUGAACAAACCUGAACGUGACACACAGAUUAUAUCCUUCACUGUGAACAAACCUAAACGUGUCACACAGAUUAUAUCCUUCGAUGUGAACAAACCUAAACGUGUCCCACAUAUAUCCUUCGAUGUGAACGAACCUAAACGUGUCACACAGAUUAUAUCCUUCGACGUAAACAAACUUUGACAUGUCGCAUAGAUUAUAUCCUUCGAUGUGAACAAACUCAUACAGUGUCACGUCACAUAGAUUAAUUACCCUUUGUAAUGUAAAACAGCUCGCGCUCUGUUAUCUUCCUAAUGUUUACAAUGCACAAAAUGUCACGUUGUCAAGUUCGCUUCAAUACUCUUCGGCCUUGUUUUCAGUUUAGUACAAAAUGUUAUCGAUAAAGCUGUAGAAAUUGUUAAAACUUACAUUGUACCGUCUUGUAUUUUCUUUUAAACGCGUUUAUAAAAUGUAAAGAUGGGAACUGUGAAAUAUAAAGAAAUCACAAUACGUACUGCGUUCGUGCGCCGGGUGUAAAUGAAAUGGCGUUUUUGUAUUAUGUAUGUGUAUAUAUAUUUUAAUCAUAGAGUAUAAUAGUUAUGGUAAUUGUAACUAGGUGUACUGAAGGUAAACGGAUUUUUGUAAAUAUAAUUUUAUCAUGAGGUCGCCGCGUGCAGGUCUUGAAUCAUGUUACCAUAGAUAAAAUAUAGUUAGGUAUGGUCCAGUGUCGAACUAUUGCGUACCUUGCUGCUACCUGUAGGACUCAAUACUGUGUAUUGCCUUCUUCCAAUCAACUAUAUAAUUGUUUUUAUGUUUUUUAUUAAACUUAUUACAGUAUUCAAAUAAAGAACAGAAAAUCCGUGUUGUUCUACACAUCAAUUAAUUGACUUGGGGUCUUGAAAAUUUGUAUUAGCUAAAAUGUAUUGGGGGAACCAAAGGAUGCUUUGUAUUAACACAAUGUAUCCCGCAGUCACUAUUAAAUAUUAGAUUUUGCAGUAUUUUAAUAAAAUAAUGACUUGAAUAAAUGUAUAACAUCACACAAUAGUUUAUAGACAUAGGAAUAUGUAUUUCAAAACAUUGAGUAAAACUGAUGCUCACUUCGUCGUAUGCGAUGUAACGAAAAUGAAAAACGUUGCCUGUAAUUUACAGACAAUGGUCAAGUUCAAACAAUAGGCUAGUUGAUUAAUAACGCCUUUUAUAAAAGCUUUAAGGAAAUUUAAUUAAAAAUAAAACCAAAAAUUUAAUUGAAUAAAUUGCUGACAAAUAAUGGCUUUGUAUGCAAUGGCUGCGUAACGAAUAUUUGUAUAAUUUACAUGGCCAAUGUUAGCCUUGACGUCGUAACUUACUACUGCUCUCUCUGUCUUGUAUGAAAUUAAGUUGAUAUUUAUUUUAUUGUUGAACAGAUUUUAAAAUGUUUUCAUUGAUCGCGUGUACAGUAGAUGUGUAUGGGGGGGUACUAAAAAAAUAAUCAACUCUCCUAUUAUUCCCAGUUCACCUAAUAGGAGCAUAGAACGAAUUAUAAGGUAAUAAAUUAACGCCUUCGUAAAAUUCCGACUAAAAUCUCGUUUAUGGGUACGUGUCAAAAGUAUAUUUACAAAGCAUUUUCACGGAAUUUUAGUUUUACGACAAGUGAGAAUCGGUGUCUAAACAUCCAUUAUAAAACUUGACAAAUUUUCUUCAAACAUUUUCUUCAUUACGUCACUUGCUACGUGCUUCUUAUUGUAUUUAAAGUGUAACACUUUUAAACUUCUCUUAUUUAUCAAUUAGUCUAACUGUAUAAUAUUCACUGUCUAUUUACGAUAAAUUAUGUCGUGGACAAAAUUUCAUUAUUUAAACCAAAAACUAUUAUAUAGACUACAUUAUUGAUACAUUCGCUACAAUAGGGAUGUUAUCUUGUUUUUUUUUUUUUGUAAUCAAUAAUGUUAUGAUACGAAAUGUAGAAAAUAAUGAAUCCGUUCAGGAAUUACAAAUUGAGAAAUAACAUCAUCACUUUGUUUCUUAGACUUUGUGGUUUGUGCUGUUGCAUAUUAAAUAUUCUAAGUGACAUCCCUAUUGUUUUUGCGACUAUGUAAUGUAUUCUUUUUUGGGAAUAGUGUGCACAUUAUUAAUGUUGUUUUGUGUUUUUUUUUUUUAUAUUAAAUUAUCGCGCUCGAUUGAUUCGCUUGGAUUGCGCCGCGCCAGCGCUCGGUGCGUCCGGGUGCCUCAGGUCUGCUCAAGUAAACGCUACGAGUUCACUUUAUUACAGCAUUAAUUAUUUACUUUAAUAAACGAUUUUUCAACU